AUGACGUCUCAGCGCAUCGGAUUCCGACUCCCCGUCGCCUACCGUGCCUUCUUCCUGCUCAUCGAGCCGCUCUCGGCCCUCGUCGCCGCCUUCCAUCACCACUUCCGACAGGGGCGCUCCCUCGAGCUGCUGCAUGCCUCGUCGGCGCCGUCCGAGGUGUCUGCCGGCACGUCGGUCGUCCUCUCGCGGCUCGCCGGCAUGUACCUCUUCUUGGCCGUCAACGAGGCGCUCGUGCUGCGGUCGACGUGGGACCUGCGCGUCUGGAGGACGGUGCUGCUGGCGCUGCUGGUGGCCGACCUCGCCCGCCUCUACUCGCUGCGCCCGCUCGGCUCGGCGAUAUACUACGACGUCCUGGCCUGGAGCGCGGCCGACUGGGGCGACGUUCCCUUUGUCUACGCCGGAGCGGCGCUGCGCGUCUGCUUCCUCGCCGGCAUCGGCCUCGACGUGUCGAAGCGGUCGCGGAUGCAGCGGUGA